AUGACAAAAGGUAAAGGAUAUGAUGUUAAAGAGGACGUUAAGUUUGCUAUAAAUUGUUACUGGAAUAACACUGAGGGAGGAGGAAUCCAUACACAUCGCGUUUCAGGAUAUACGCAAACAACGGGACAAAGUAAAGAAUACAUGCCACCUUACAUGACAGUUUACGCAUGGUAUAGAAAUGCUUAG